GCUUGGGUACAGAUUCUGAUUUCUGAAACUAACGUCAUCCCAUAGCGUCUCGUAAUGGAGUUGAGGGCGCUGUACGCCACUUCUCAUUGAUACCAGUGACUCUCAAUCGGACGAGCUUCCCACCUUCCUUGCAUGCGAGACCUUCGUGCCUCCGUCCACGCAAGGCCAGCCACCUGCCCACAAAUAAUAUCUACGAACGCUGGCCGCUCCUCUCUACGCCACCCAGCUCCUAUAUCGCAUCGGACUUCAUCUCAUUCCGCAUAUGCAACGCCGUGCCACGUUAGGCAUCGCAUACAUCUCACUUCGCAUUUGCAUGCAUCUCACCUCGCAGACGCAUGCACCGCAUGCCCAUGUACCACCCUGCUGCAUCGUCGUCGAUCGAUCGCUGUACUGCUACGCUACUCCAGCUUAUUCCGCCCCUCUCGUUCAUACAUGUUUUUCCACGUCCCGUCGCGCCCUUUCUCCAUCUACAUCGUCGCGCCUUCUCUCCAUCUUCGUCGUCGCUGUCGUUGCUCUGCCUGUAGGAUCUCGUUUAUAAUUUAUGUACUGCGCCCUACUUACGGAAUGCGCUUACGCUCUAUGAUCGUAGUGAAGAAUCAAGCACUUAUGCAUACACUAGAAGCUCUGAAGGUAGAGGGUGUGUUCGCAAGAACUUGCAACAACGCAACGGUCGGGUGCCAGAGUUUCUAGUGACCUCGUCUUCCAUUUGUACACUCGUCAGUCAAAUUCCACAAGAGAUGGUAUAUCCGAUUCGUUCUAUUAUACACUUGAAUAUAUGAGUACGCAAAGAGCAGAGGUCCUUAUAACCCCGCUCGAAUA